AUGGCCGGCAACCUAGGUGGGCGAAAAGACUACCAUGUACAAGGUCGCCUUGUUAGGAAAGGGAAUGAGUUGUGGUUUGAUGAAGACUGUAAAAAGCCCAACUGUGCGUGGCCACAGAAACUAGUCUGCCCAACCAGUGAUAACUGUGGCUGCUACUGCCAGGACGUCCCUUGUUAUGUGCCUCGGUGCAGCAGUGGCUGCCAAGCCAGCUGCUUUACGAGGCCUGGCUUCUGUCAAUGCAAAUGCAUGCAAGCAUCUAAAAGGUGUGCGGAAGCAUGGGAAAGCGAGUGCCUCGCCGUUUGUGUGGGGAAUUCUCCUUGCAAAUGCAACUGUGUCGGCCAAUUUCAGCCGCACCAACGCAACACCUACAGGAACUCCACUCUUCAGCGCGAGUUCGACUGUCAUCCGCCCCCUCAAAUCAAGAGGUAUUAAGAGAAGCGGAAUAGCAGGAAAGACAGGAAGGAGCUUAGCCACUCUUGAAAGCUUCAGAGAAAACUAUUCUUGUGCUUACUAUAGGUAUUAUAACUUUACACUGGUGUUUACAAUUUGUUAGGCUAUUGGGUGGUUCACCUAAGAAGAACAUAUAC